CCGCCGAGCGCCGCGGUCCGGUGUGGGGCUGCCCCGCCGGGAUCCCCGCGGCUCCUCCGGUGGGCGCCGCCGGGGAUGUCCGCCCCGGCGCAGGCUGACGCUUCCGGCUCCUUCCAGAGCCCCCGGAGGCUCCCGAAGCGCAAGAGCCGCUUCAAGCGCUCGGACGGCAGCACCUCGUCCGACACCACCUCCAGCAUCCUCCGCAGGCAGGGCUCGGCGGACUCCUACACCAGCCGCCCUUCCCUGGACUCCGACGUGUCCCUGGAAGAGGACCGUGAGGGCGCCCGGCGCGAGGUGGAGAGCCAGGCUCAGCAGCAGCUCGAGAGGGCCAAGCACAAGCCGGUCGCCUUCGCUGUGCGCACCAAUGUCAGCUACUGCGGGGCGCUGGAUGAGGAGUGCCCGGUGCAGGGAGCCGCCAUCAACUUCGAAGCCAAAGAUUUCCUGCACAUCAAGGAGAAAUACAGCAAUGAUUGGUGGAUCGGGCGCCUAGUGAAGGAGGGGGGGGACAUCGCCUUCAUCCCCAGCCCCCAGCGCCUGGAAGCCAUGAGGCUGAAGCAGGAGCAGAAAGCCAGGAGAGCUGGCAAUGCCUCGGGCCUCGGCGACAGCGGGAGCCGGCGAUCGCCUCCCCCCUCCUUAGCCAAGCAGAAGCAGAAGCAGACGCAGCACAUCCCACCCUACGACGUGGUGCCCUCCAUGCGGCCCGUGGUGCUGGUGGGGCCCUCGCUGAAGGGAUACGAGGUCACCGACAUGAUGCAGAAAGCGCUCUUCGACUUCCUCAAGCACAGAUUCGAUGGCAGGAUCUCCAUCACCCACAUCACAGCCGACCUGUCCCUGGCCAAGCGCUCCAUCCUCAACAACCUGGGCAAGCAGGCGAUCCUGGAGCGCUCCACCACCCGCUCCAGCAUCGCCGAGGUGCAGAGCGAGAUCGAGCGAAUCUUCGAGCUGGCCAAGUCCCUGCAGCUGGUGGUGCUGGACGCCGACACCAUCAACCACCCAGCCCAGCUGGCCAAGACCUCCCUGGCACCCAUCAUCGUCUACGUCAAGGUGUCCUCCCCCAAGGUCCUGCAGAGGCUCAUCAAGUCCAGGGGGAAGUCGCAGGUGAAGCACCUGAACGUGCAGAUGAUGGCAGCUGACAAGCUGGUGCAGUGUCCCCCGGAGCUCUUUGAUGUGAUCCUGGAUGAGAACCAGCUGGAGGACGCCUGUGAGCACCUGGCUGAGUACCUGGAGGUUUAUUGGCGUGCCACGCACCACCCACCACACGCCUCCCACGCCGUGCCCUCGCCCACCGGCCUGCCAGGCCUGCAGAGCCAGCAGCUGCUGGGCGAGCGGGGCGAGCACUCCCCGCUGGAGCACGACAGCCUGAUGCCGUCGGACGAGGCCGGGGACACCUCGCCCCAGCCUUGGGGGGGAGCCACGUCCCAGCGCAGCUCCCGGCACCUGGAGGAGGAAGAGGAGUACGGGGACCCCUACCCGGAGCUGUACCAGCCCCACCGGCACCACCACCACCACCACCACGGCAGCGGCCCUGGCACGCCGGAGCGCGCGGGCGAGCGCAACCACGACAGGAACUGGCAGCGCAGCCGGCCCUGGGCCAAGGACAGCUAUUAGGGCUGGGAUAAGGGUGGGGGGCACGGCUGGGAACCGGCCACACCCCCCCCCCCGCCCCCCCAAACCCCGGGUGUGCUCCCCGCCUCGCCCCAGCCCCGCGCUGGGGGUGCUCAGACAAUCGAACUCAGCACCGGCAGCUUCCUCUGGCCCGGCCCCACCCCCGGGCGUGAUUUCAGCCAUAAGCACAGCGAGGUUGGGGGGGGGGGGUCAGGAUGGCCCUGGGAGUCCCCGAGGAAGUUUUGGGGAGCCUGGGGACAGACACACGCCUUGGCCGUGCCUCAGUGUACCCCCCUACCCAUCACAGGUCGGCUCAUUCUCCGCAGGGCAGCUGCCACGGACAGUGGGUGCCCCUUCCCCCGAUAAAAAGGGGAGGGGGCGGUUGUAGCAGCAUCCCCCAGCCCGCCCAGAGCCGAGGAAGGAAGGGAAGGUGCCUGCUCACCCCCCCCCCACCCCGGGACCUGGCCUGCCCCCUCCCCACCCCUGCAUGGGACCCCCCGGGAGGAGUGGCUCUCACCGCUCUGCACCGAUUCCCCCCACCGCCCCUCCGGUGACCGCGGCCACCCCGGCCCCGCCCUCAGCAUGGGGAGGGUCCCGGGGGGGCUGCCCGGGCUCUGGGGGCUGCUCCACCACGCUUGCACCACCCACUGCCCUGUCCCCAUUGUCCCCAUGCUGUCACCGCACGUCACCACAGUCCUGUAAAUACGGUGCCCACCGCCCUCCAAUGGGGGGGUCCUGGUGUGGGCUGAGCCCCCCCCUCCCCCCCCGCGGCCAUUAUAGGGGGGGAAAUGGGGUGGGGGCCACAGAUUUGUUAUAAUUUCUUUUGUAGAAAGCACUGAUUGCCCUGUAAUUGGUUUCAGAAACACACACGAGUGCUCAGA